AAUUGCUAAAAAGUGAAUUAGCCGCAUGCCAAAGUCUCGUUCUUUGAACGCACGUUACUGAAUGCGUUCAUAAAUGGCUCUCGGAUGAGAGUUCGGAGUUAAAAUUUGAGGCCUUGGAAAAGAAUCUUCAAGAACUUUGUGACUCAUAAAACCGACAUUAGGAGGAAAAAUGUGGAAUACAAAUAAACACGUCAAUGAGUAGCCAUUUCCGGAAGAAUGUUAAAAACUGUUAUAUGCGAACAAGCUCACAGAAUGAAUCCGGUUUUGGAGACUUUGGUCGAGAUUCUUGAGUAACGUUCACUGUCCAAAGAUUUCAACAACAAAAAAAACAAUUUAAAGAUUCUUAGAACCGACGGCGUUUCACGAAUUGAUAGCCGAUGACAAUAAAUAUUGCCAGAUUGUGGCUAUUUAGCAAUGGUGAAAUGUUUCUAUUUUUGUCCACGUAAGAAUGACAGCGCGAAAUUUUGGGCCACGAGUCAUCGUUAUUUUUCCGGGUCAUGUGAGUCGAGGGGAAUCCCCGAUUGGCGGGCGGGUCGUCGCAGCCCGGCUUCUCAUUGGUGCGCGUGGGCGGGGCGAGGUCGUCGAACCAAUCGCGCGCCACGUAAAUAUUGCCUCUCCAUGGUGACGCCGUCCCGGAAGUGGGAGGAAGCAAAGUCAAGUGACAGCGUUUAAAUGCUGCGUCACAAGUAGAAAAACACAAUCCGACAACAACCACGAGCGAAAAAGAAGAAGAAGAAGAAGAAGCGGCGCCAGCAGCAGCAGCAAACAUGUCGGUGACGGUCAAGGCUUACCUGCUGGGCAAAGAGGAAUCGGUUCGCGAGAUCCGAAGGUUCCUGGUGGACGUGGACGCCAUCGGAAGCUUCGAGCAUCUGUGCGACAAAACUUGCCAAAUAUUCUCCGGACUCAAAAGGCCCGCCUUCAACAUGUACUACAAAGACUGCGAGGACGACCUGGUGGCCUUCUCGUCGGAUGACGAGCUGGCGAUGGGAGUCGCCUGCAUCAAGGAUGGCGUCUUCCGGGUUUUCAUCAAAGAGAAAAAGGAGCACCGUCGCGACUUCCCCGUUCACGCCCUACCUCCGACCGCGGCGGGGGGUGCGCCGCCGCCCGCGGGCGUUCACGCCCACGUGAUGUGCGACGGCUGCGAGGGUCCGGUGGUGGGGGUCCGCUUCAAGUGCACCGUGUGUCCCGACUACGACCUUUGCUCCGCUUGCCAGGGGCAAGGGAAGCACACCCAACACCCUCUGAUGCCCAUCUGGCACCCCCUGCAGGCACUGUUCCCGCGGGGCAAGCUGAUGAAGAAGAUGCGCCACUGCAGCAAGAACCAGAAGUGUGGCGCCGGCGGAGCCCCCGCCGCGGGUGGGGCCUCCCCCGGUCAGUCUUCCAGAUACGGUGACGCGGGCUCAUCUUUGACCUCUGACCCCAAAGCAGGCCUGUGCUUCCUGAAGAACGUGGGCGAGGGCGUGGCGGCCAUGCUCAGCCCGCUCGGCAUCGACGUGGACAUCGACGUGGAGCACCGCGGGCAGACCACCAAGGUGACCAAUCAGGAGCAAGGGGACGUGGAGACGGACGGAGCCGAGGGCGGCGCUCAGCCGGAAAAGGCUUCAGCCGGUGCCAAAGAAUCUGACGACGAGUGGACUCACGUCACCAGCAAGGAGGUGGACCCGUCCAGCGGAGAACUGCAGUCCAUGCAGCAGGCUGGGCAAGAGGAUCAGGGUCCGGGUCAGGGUCAGGCCCCCCCUGUGGCGGUCCACAAGGCUCCUUCAGGCUUGAAGGCGGCAGCGCUGUACCCUCACCUUCCUGCAGAGGCGGAUCCGCGCCUGGUGGAGUCUCUGAGUCACAUGUUGUCCAUGGGCUUCACCGACGAGGGCGGCUGGCUGACCCGCCUCCUCCAGGCCAAAGAUUUCGACAUCGGCGCCGCGCUGGACGCCAUCCAGUACGCCAAGAACCCCCGCCGCCCGCAGCCACAGUGACUCCGAGGGCGCCGUUACUUCCGCUUCUGCCGCUCGAGUCUGCGACCGCCCCAUUUGCUUGACGCUCAGUAAAAAUGCUUUGAUCGUCCGUUUGAUGGAAAUGAUUUGGUGACGACAAACCGACGUAGGCGAUGACGUUGACCCAUUCGGUGCGAACUGCAAAUGAUUUAUUGACAUGGACUACUGCUAUUAUUUAGUGGAGGAAAUAAAAUAUUUAAGCACUAAA